AUGCCCCUGAAACGCAAAUCCGAGGGCCCAACACCCACCGACACCGACGCGCCCACACCCGCUAAACGCGCGCGGGACUCUGAAGCAGCCGAGGGGACAUCAGCGCUGACACCGCAGACCGGCGAGAAACGCAAACGCGGCCGACCGCGCAAACACCCCGAAGGCUCGACGCCGAAGAAAGACUCCGAUGGACCCAAGCGUGGUCGUGGGCGGCCGCGCAAAGCUGUUGCGGAGACAACGCAUACGGGGACCACGCCGUCGCCGGGACCGAAGAGGGGGCGUGGGCGGCCACGAAAGAGUCUCCCGGCUGAGGCGGGAAGCGGCGCUGCUGAUGUUGCGCCUGUGACUACGACACCCAAGAAAGUUGGACGUCCGCGCAAGAGUCUCCCAGCUGAGGUAGGCAGUGUCGCUGCAGAUGUUGCACCUAUGACUACGACGCCUAAAAAAGUCGGGCGUCCGCGCAAAAGCCUCCCAGAUGAGGUGAAGGGUGGUGCUACUGAUGCUCCGCCUGUGACUAUGACGCUUAAAAAAGUCGGACGUCCGCGCAAGAGCCUCCCGGAUGAGGUGAAGGGUGGUGCUGCUGAUGUUGCGCCUGUGACUACGACACCAAAGAAAGUUGGGCGUCCGCGCAAGAGUCUCACGGCUGAGGUGGGCGGUGUCGCUGCAGAUGUUGCGCCUAAAAAAGUCGGGCGUCCGCGCAAGAGCCUCCCGGAUGAGGUGAAGGGUGUUGCUGCUGAUGUUGCACCUGUGACGACGACACCCAAGAAAGUUGGGCGUCCGCGCAAGAGCCUCCCGGAUGAGGUGAAGGGUGGUGCUGCUGAUGUUGCGCCUGUGACUACGACACCAAAGAAAGUUGGGCGUCCGCGCAAGAGUCUCCCGGCUGAGGUGGGCAGUGUUGCUGCCGAUGUUGCACCUGUGACGACGACACCCAAGAAAGUUGGGCGUCCGCGCAAGAGUCUCCCCACUGAAGUGGGCAGUGUUGCUGCCGGUGUUGAACCUGUGACCACAACGCCCAAGAAAGUUGGGCGUCCGCGCAAGAGUCUCCCAGCUGAGGUGGACAGUGUCGCUCUUGAUGUGAAACCCAAAACGGAGAAACCGGUGGCCAGCACUGUUCCCACAGAGUCAAGUCGUUCCUACUGGUUGAUGAAGGCGGAGCCCGAGUCGCGAUUUGAAAAGGGCGUUGAUGUGAAGUUCUCUAUUGAUGAUUUGGCGAAUGCAAAGGAGCCAGAGCCUUGGGAUGGAGUCCGGAACCCUGUUGCGCGGAAUCUCAUGCGCGAGAUGAAAAACGGAGACUAUGCGUUCUUCUACCACUCCAAUUGCAAAGUGCCCGGAGUGGUAGGCAUGAUGGAGGUUGUCCGAGAGCAUUCCUUCGACGAAUCUGCAUUUGAUCCGAAACACCCAUACUACGACCCCAAGUCCAAGCGGGACACUCCCAAAUGGGUAGUCGUGCACGUCGAGUUUCGCCGCAAGUUCAAGAAGCAGGUCACAUUGGCUGACCUGAAACUGCACGCUCAACCAGGAAAGCCGCUGGAGAAUCUCCAGACGCUCAAACAAUCGCGACUCAGUGUUUCGUCCGUCACGCCCGCGCAAUGGAGAUUUAUCCUGGAGCUGGCGGGCGAGGCCUCGUAA